ACCGCCGAGGCCGCCGCAGCGGGGCCCGCGCCGCCGGGACAGCUCUGAUUGUGAACAGGAAACAAACGCUUCCCAAGCAGAAUGUGGCAAAGUGUUUGCCGGAAAAGGUGAAAUUUCUUUGGGUGGAGAUGGCUGAUAGGAGUGCGAAGAUCCUUCCAGGACAAUUAUACAUUGAAGUGGAGUAUGACUAUGAGUAUGAGGCCAAGGACAAGAAAAUUGUAAUUAAACAGGGGGAGAAAUAUAUAUUAGUGAAGAAGACUAAUGAUGACUGGUGGCAAGUGAAAAGGGAUGAAAAUUCCAAACCCUUUUACGUGCCAGCACAGUAUGUGAAGGAAAUACCACGGAAAGCACUGAUGCCACCUGUUAAGCAAGCAGGCAUGCUGCCAAAUAAUGCUUUAAAGUUAACGCAUGGAUUACAGAGAUCGACAGAAAAUGUGAAUAAGUCACCAGAGCUUUCUAGUUUUGGAAAAUCUUCUCCAGUUCAAGUGUCUUGCUUAGUUCGAGAUGCCAAUCAAAAUCUGGGACCAAACAAUAGCCCUGGUCAAACUCUUGGUGUGAGUCUGGACCUCACUCAGAACAAUGGAAAACUAAACAAUGAGUUGCAAUCUCCCAAGGUUUCCAAUCAGUUUCGAACCAUCUCCAUGGGUCAUUUCCCAUGUCCAGAGUUCUUGGAAAUAGAGAAGACCAGCUUUUUGCAUGAACAGUCUUGUGAUUCGGCAGGAGAAGGCUCAGAAAAAAUUCACCAGGAUUCAGAAUCUGGAGAUGAACUCAGUAGCAGCUCCACUGAGCAAGCGCAGCCAACUACUCCACCAAGCCAAGGGAGGCCUGAUUCACCAGUUUAUGCUAAUUUACAAGAACUGAAAAUAUCUCAGUCUGCACUUCCACCACUACCUACAAGUGCUCCAGUCCAAAUAAAUGGGGAAUGGGAAACCCAUAAAGAUACAACAGGACGCUGUUAUUACUACAACAGAGGAUCACAGGAACGAACCUGGAAACCUCCACGUUGGGCCCGAGAUGCAAGCAUUAAUAAAGGGGAUUCCCAGAGCCAUGCAGAUCAUGAGCAUCUUUCAUCAGAAGAAAACGACCACAGUUCUUGUUACAGCCAGUCAGAUAGUCAGUACGGUUCUCCUCCAAAGGGUUGGUCAGAAGAGUUGGAUGAACAUGGUCAAACCUUAUAUACCAAUGACUAUACUAAUGAAAAGUGGUUAAAACAUGCAGAUGAACAAGGUAGACCAUACUACUACAGUGCUGAUGGUUCCCGAUCAGAAUGGGAGUUACCAAAGUAUAAUGCUUCACCACAGCAGCAAAGAGAUAUAAUAAAGAGUAGGAGUCUGGACAGGAGGCUUCAAGAACCAAUAGUUUUAACAAAAUGGAGGCACAGCACAAUUGUGUUGGACACCAACGAUAAGGAAUCAUCAAGUUCUUCUAAGGCCAGUUUUCCUGAAAAUGAGUCCUCUCCUUCUUCACCGAAGCAUCAAGCCACAGGUCAAGAGAAGUAUGGAUUAUUGAAUGUGACAAAAAUUACAGAAAAUGGAAAGAAAGUUCGAAAGAAUUGGAUGUCAUCCUGGGCGGUAUUACAAGGUUCAUCACUGCUGUUCACUAAAACCCAAGGAAGUGGAACUGGCUGGAAGUUUGGUGUGAAUCAGUCCAAGCCAGAAUUCACAGUGGAUCUCAAAGGGGCAUUGAUUGACUGGGCUUCAAAGGACAAAUCCAGCAAAAAGAAUGUUAUUGAGCUAAAAACCCGCCAGGGAACUGAGCUCUUAAUUCAGUCUGAUAAUGACAGCUUCAUUAAUGAAUGGUAUAAAGUCCUUAACUAUACCAUCAACAAUCAGGUAGUAGAAUCUGAUGAAGCAUUAGAAGAUGAGGUACCAGAUUCUCCUGGGGUGGAAAAACAAGACAAAGAAAAAGAGAAUAAAGACUCUAAGAAACUUCGUUCGGUGAAAAUACCUGGCAAUAUAGAUGCCACAGAUCAGAAAAAGACCAAAACGAAGCUCAAGAAGUUUCUCACACGACGACCUACGUUACAAGCUGUCCGUGAAAAAGGCUACAUUAAGGAUCAAGUGUUUGGUUCCAAUCUCACCAGCUUGUGUCAAAGAGAAAACAGCACGGUGCCAAAGUUCGUGAAGCUGUGCAUUGAGCAUGUUGAGGAACAUGGAUUAGAUGUUGAUGGCUUAUACCGAGUUAGUGGUAAUCUUGCAGUGAUACAGAAGCUAAGAUUUGCAGUCAAUCAUGAUGAGAAACUUGACUUGAAUGACAGUAAAUGGGAAGAUAUACAUGUCAUCACAGGAGCUCUAAAGAUGUUUUUCAGAGAACUGCCAGAGCCACUGUUCACUUAUAACCACUUCAAUGACUUUGUCAAUGCGAUUAAGCAAGAACCAAGACAGCGUGUCAACGCUGUUAAAGAUCUAAUCAAGCAGUUGCCAAAACCAAAUCAGGACACUAUGCAAGUACUCUUCAGACACCUGAAGAGAGUUGUAGAAAAUGGAGAAAAGAACCGAAUGACCUAUCAGAGCGUAGCAAUAGUUUUUGGUCCAACCUUAUUAAAACCGGAGAAAGAGACUGGUAACAUAGCAGUCCAUACAGUGUACCAGAACCAGAUUGUAGAAUUAAUUCUACUGGAAUUGAAUGCUAUCUUUGGACGCUGACAUUUUCAUGGAGUGGAAACUGGAAGUGGAAGUGAUGGGUUGGAAGCAGUAUUCCAUCAGGAGGAAAAUCUCUCACUGUAUAUGAUGUAUUAUGUUUGUGGACCAAGAAGCAACUUGAUUUUUGCACUUUUGGGGGAGGGGAAAAACAGGAGAAGUGUUUUACCACUUUAAUGCAAAUUAGAGACAACACUUUCCUUGUCUGGAUUUCUUUGAAAAAUUCAUUGUAAAAAAGUGAAUUUAAAAGUUUAUAGUUUGCCUUUUUUUUUUUUUUUUUUUUACAGUAGCAUUUGAAAGUUACAGUAUAGGUUCAUACACUGGAUUUCUUGGAGAGUAAAGCUCUUAAUCUUAAACUGGAUAAUCUGGAAUUUAACCUUAAAAUAUUCCCACUUGGUAUGGAAAAGUUCUGUGAAAAAAUAAUCAGUGAAGUUCCAUCUUAGGCAUGUGUAUUACAAGAAAGCACGCUAUGCAGGUCAGUAUGAUGCUUUUCCGAGGGGUUUCUGCAUGCAGUGACUGUCUUAAGCUAACAGUUUGGUUCAGUUAUUCAGGUCUAAUUCCUCACAUGACAUCUGCUGUCCUUUUUCAUUUUUUUCUCUUUUUUUCCCCCAGCGACCUUUCUGGAACUUUUUAGUUGCUUUAUAGAACAGCAUACUAUUGCAAACACUGAACUUGUAAGUUAUCCAGCAAUGGAUAUUUGUCUUGUGGCAUAACAAAGUCAUAUUUGAUACAUAUGUUCAUUUUUUCAGGGUGUUUCCUGAGCUAGGUUUUGUGUUAUACUGAUUUACAGCUAAAACCUAAGUAAAUACCGACUGUAACACUGUUUUGAGUUCUUGGUAUAAUGCUGUGGUAGUGGAAGUUUCUUAUGUAAAUACAGACUGUCCUUUUGGUUCUUGUAUAUAAUUCAGUUCUUGUAUAGUUUAAGAACGUUCUAGUCACACAUUUCUAAUGAUGGGUAGAGUAGCUGCAGUAGCAUAACGUUUCCAGUCUAUGUCUGGGUUUCAGCAUUGAAACAGGUUAUGGAAAGGGAGGGGGGGCCUAACUGUGCACUUUUAGAUAUUAAUUACGUUUGCGGGCAAAUAACUGUAAUGCGAAUGGUACUGGAAAAAUACUGAGUGUGCUUGCUAAAUUAAUGCACUACAAGAGGAGCCUUUCAGGUUAUUUAAUAUGUACAGGAUACAUUAGAAAAAUAUAUUACAAAUUCUAACAUCUACAAAAAGUGAAACUCAUGUUCUGAUAGAGAGAGGUUUGAUGGAAUCCAUGAUGCUAAAUUUAAGAGUUUCUUUUUACAUUAAUGUAGAAUAAUUUGUAAAAUUGGUUUUGAAAGAUUUUGUUACAGGGAGCACGGUCUGCUGCAGAUUUUUUUAAAUGUAUUUUUCUAGACUAACUGCUGUAUCUGAAAUUUGUUAUGUCUAACCUGAAUAAAGAAAACCAUUAGUUAUUUUGGAGUUUGCCAUUCCCGCUUCAGACAACGUGAACCCCCUUCACACAGUAAGACUGACACGUCUUGUUGCUUAGCAUGGAUACUGCUUGCAGCAAGGAGUUGUUGUGCCACAUUAAGAGAUGAAAGCUUACAUAAUAACCUGACAAUUUUAGGAACCUCCGUUCCCCUUUCUUUAACAAGCUAAACACUUACUUUAAGAUUUGUCGAAGACAGAAGUAAUUUAUGGAUAUAAGUCUGCAGUCUUUUAAACAUCUCAGCUCUCAACCUAACUUACAAGUAGCAGAUACAUUGGGAAAUAACUCACUUUCACUUUUAACCUGCUGUAUCCUUCUCACGAUGGAGUUCCAGAUUCCUGCAAAGGGAAUGUGUGGAGAAGUACUGAGAUGUAGGCAGAUGAAUGGUAUGAGAAUUUCACAAGCAUAAAGCUUGAACAAGAAGUCUUCAUAGAUAAAGGAGAAAGCAACUUACCUUGUGGCUUUCUCACUGUUUUGUUGUGGUAAUGGUGAAGUCUUGUGGUUUGUUGCAAAGCAACCUGGGUGAGAAUUGUGAUAACUACAUCUGUGUUGUCUUUUCAGCCUUCUGUUAGGCUUUCAAACAAGAGCAGUGCUGAGUGGCAGACGUGCCCCAUCUACCAGAGAAUACAAGCAAAGUUGAAAUCUGUUGUUGUAGAUUGUUGAAAUCCCAACUUCAGCUGUAAAAUAAAGAAUUCCCAUCGCUAAAGGAGAUAGAUAAGCUGUAUGAGUGUUUCUGUAUUCAGAGAAAUAAUUCCUCCUUAGAACCAUUUGAUAACCAGGAUGAACAUCACAUUUUUCCUUGUAUUCCCAGAGAAUAAAGCAUUUUGUUAUUACAACACGUAGUAUGGUUUCGUGCAAUGAA